GGCUGGUGUUUAGUUUCAGCCAACACUUUCUCAUAAUUCUACCUUUUAACAUUUUUUUAUACAGGAAGUUUACCCGGACAUGAACUUCGAUUCCAUGUUCCUUAAGAUCUCCCAUGAUCUCAAAAAAAUGGGAGAUGGCAGAGAAAUAUCAAACUGGUUUUCUGUUUGUUCAACUGAUACCCAACGUAUCUCCUUUGUCAUGGGACUGGAAGCAGUAAAAGCUUGUUUUCAAGAACACCUAUAUCUUGUCAAAAAAGAGAUCUCUUCACCUUGCAAAUCUGAAAAUUUAUCUACAACCCAUUGUAUUGAAGGAGAUAAUUACCAUAAGAAGAAGCUCAUUAGGAAAUCAAUCUCCUCUUAUAAUCACAGCAUUCUUGUUGGAGAGGGUGAAGCAUUAGCCCUGGCCUACGCCAAUCGAUCGGCCGUAUUUUAUGACAUGGCGGAUUGGCUCCAAUCACUAAGAGAUAUCCAACUUGCAUUUGACCAUGGCUAUCCAAGGCACUUGGAGCAUAAGCUACGUGAACGACAAGGCAACUGCCUGCUAGAAUUGGGAUACAUUGGUCAAUCAUUCACUAGCUUCAGCAUUGCCAAGGAUUUGCUUACCUUGGCUCCGAACGCUCAGCAAAAAGUCGUUGACAUCGCCUUGAAACUAAAACAAAUAAAAAACAAACAAAAGAAAUCAAAAAAAUUGGGAGUAGAGGAAAAUGCAUCAAUGUCAACUGUCAAGUCAAUCGAAGAAAUCAUUAAAAAGAGGAGAUCGGCGCCUGAUUUGCAUCAUGCUAAGAACCCUCUCUUACCCAGCGCAUCAGUGUCAGUUGAACUAAUGGACACUGCAGAUCGAGGUCGUUGCCUCGUUGCUACUGAAGACCUCCAAAUAGGUGAUACUAUCAUCGCGGAGAAGGCGCACGCUUCUAUACUACUGGAGGAGUUCAAGGAAUCCCACUGCCAUCAUUGCCUCCACUGGACCCCGGGGCCCGUCCCUUGUCACAAGUGUUCUCAGGUGGGAUUCUGUACAACGUUGUGCCGUGACGAAUCUUGGGCAAGCUAUCAUCAGUACGAGUGCGGGUUGUUGGACUUGCUGUAUUGCUGCACGCGUGAUGUCAACACAGGUCAACACGGACUAUUGGCUCUGCGCACUAUUCUUAAGGCGGGAAGGCAGAAAGUGUCCGUUGAACAGGCGAAAUCCCGUGCAUCUAGAAGCUCUGCUGGAACGUUGUUCGACUCGGCUGACUAUGGAGCUGUUUAUAGUCUCGUCGGUAACACGGCUCAGCGUUCCGAGGCAGAUCUUUUCCGGAGGACCAUUAUGGCUGUCUAUUUGACGAGCUUCAUUCAGCAAAGUGAAGAAAAAGAGCCUGAUGUCGAGAUGGCCGCCGCUCUACUUCAUCUUCUUCAAAGUUAUCCUUGCAACGCCCAUGAAAUCUCUCAUCUGGCUGUUCCCCUUCCUUUUGAACCAUGCUCGCAGCGGCAGUUAUUGCAGUUGCAACAGGUUCGACCUUGUGAAGUUGGUGCCGCAAUCAUGCCUGUUGUGAGUCUCAUGAAUCACUCGUGCAAUCCUAAUGUUGUUCAUGUUUCCUACGGUGAUGUGAUGGUCGUCAGAGUUAUUCGCCGGAUUCUCAAAGGAGAGGAAAUCUUCGAUAACUAUGGCUACCAUUAUGCAACCCAUGAUAAGAAAGAGCGUCAGUUGAAGCUUGGCCAGCAAUACUUCUUCCGUUGCUAUUGUCAGCCAUGUGUAAAAGACUGGCCUCUAUAUGGAGAUGCUCUGAAACUGGACAAUAGGUUGUACAUUUCAGAUGCACUCACCAAGGACAUUAAUGACUUUAAGAGACUUGUAUGUUACUAUCCGGAUGGUCCAGACAAGUUGGAAGAAUCAGUACAAUUGUUCACUGGUUACUUAGAUACCAUAGAAUCAGAUCGAUCAAUCAGCCUCCCUGUCCAGGAGUAUAUAAAAGUUCAAGAAGUCCUGAAACAUUGUUUUGCUCUUUCAGCUACUUUGAGUCCUCAUCUUCUUGUUUGACCCAAUGUUGGCAGAUUUGGUUCAGUGCCGAUGUUACUGUUUAAGCCUUAAAGAUGGUGGCUCCUUUUUCGUCUUGUGUAAUUUAGUUUACUUCUGUGUUUUUUGCCAUGACAUAAGCACUUUUUAAUUUUUAGCACUUUAUCGGUUUCCAUCUAGAAAAUUGAAAUAAACAAGAGUGGAACUGUA